CCUGGCGAGAAAGGUGCGGAUGCGGAGAAAGUUGUUGGCCGUAAAGGAAACCGUGGUCCGCAGGGCGACCAAGGCCCAGAGGGACCACCAGGAAACAAAGGCAAAGAUGCUGCGCCAGGAGAGCCGGGGCCAGAAGGACCACCAGGACAGCCAGGCUUCCAAGGCCCACAAGGAGCUGAUGGUGAAGAAGGUCCCGAAGGUCCACCCGGAAAUCCUGGCAAGGAUGCCGAGUACUGUCCAUGUCCAGACCGUGAACACGCCCGGUUACGCCCGGGAUCCAGUCGAACAGACGAUCAGGAAGGAGCUGGACGGCGUGAGGAAUCGGUCAAUACAAAGGGUGAUGAGGAGACUGGAGGACGCGGUUCCGGGAGCAACACGUACGAGGGUUCCGCUGAAAGCGGUAAAGGAGGAUACAAAGCACGCCGCACAUUCGUGUUCUAAACGUUGCCUGACAAUUCUUCCCUUCCAUCUGAUAUGCUCUUUCGUUCUUCAAAAAGUGGUUUACGAUAAACUUUUGUUACUCACAUCUGCUGUAAACGAAAGACAGAGGGGUUACCUUCGUGCCUCAAAUUGA